AUGGUGGUUCACAGCAGACGCACCUUCUUUUGCUUUGAUUUCAAGCCGAUAAUCGGAGUUUUUUGCAUCGUUAUUGUUGUUGUGUAUUUGCAAUCGGCAUAUUGUGCUAAAUUGUCAAAUAAACAUUAUCCGGCUGGUGUGGAUCUUUUCGAACAUGAAUUUCCUCAUGUUGGAUUAGAUGAAUACGACCCCUAUGGACCAAAUAUAAGUGAAGAUGAUUUAACCGAUGCCGGUGGUGAUGAUCCUGAAACUAAACCCCGGUUAUUUCAAGGAGAUAUUGCCAUUGAUCCAUUUACAUAUCUCACAUUACGUCUGGGCGUGAAUCCAACAAAACAUCCAAAACGAUUAUGGCCGAAUGGUACAAUACCAUUCGAAAUUAGUUACCUCUAUGAUUCGCGAGAGCGAAGGGCAAUUGAGCGUGUAUUGAAAACAUUUAAUUCAUUGACAUGCAUCAAAUUUGUACCAUACGAUGGAGAGGAAGAUGAUUAUAUACUGAUAACACCCCCCGAAGAUGGCCCCAAGGGAUGCUGGUCUUAUGUUGGCAGAAAGGGUGGCGAACAAGUAGUGUCUCUGCAAAAACCCGAUGAAACAAGUGCUCAUUGUUUCAGCAGCGAGGGACGUAUAAUGCAUGAACUUAUGCACGCAAUUGGUAUUUAUCAUGAACAAUCCCGGGCCGAUCGUGAUAAUUACAUUAAGGUACAUUGGGAAAAUAUUGUACCCAAGUUUCGUAAGAAUUUCAAAUUAAUCUCCAAAAAACGUGGAAAAUAUAGUUUUGAAUAUGAUUACAAUUCAGUUAUGCAUUAUGGUGAAUAUUAUUUUAGUAAGAGUAAGGGUAAGAAGCCAUCUAUAACACCGCUACAACCGGGUGUUAGAAUUGGUCAACGGAAAACAUUGAGUAAAACGGAUUGUUUGAAAAUCAACGAUUUAUAUGGCUGCCUUAAGGGACGGCAUGCGAAAAUGUACAGAAGUUUUUGUAAUUUAUUGGGUCUUUAA